AUGUCAGUAGCUUUGGAUAAGCAAGUCCCGUUAUUGUUAACGCAAUCGUUCUCUGAUCUUCGUGACGAGUGCUAUGCUCUAAUUGAUGAAAGUUUUCCGAAUAUAAAUCAUUUACCUAAAAAUAUAACAGUAUAUGCCUCAACCAAACUGUUCGCUCAGUUCUGCUUGCUGUCCGAGGAAUUGAAGAAAUGGCUUUUGAGAGUUCGUACACUUGCUUCUACAAGAGAUGUGAACUGUCUCAGUCGUUCAGAAGCUUAUAUGAAUCAGAAUUACCUUGAGUGUAUCAAGAGUCGAGACGUUGACCUCAAUCGUUUACGUUCCAUGGCUAACCAACUUUUAGUAAUGCCCGGAAAGACCUCUGAUCCCAUUACCGAUUUGCCUGUUCAAUCGGUGGAAUAUUUUCCUGAGGUCAAUAUUUCCUGUCAACUUCAUGAAAUCGAAACAUUGUGGAGUGAUAUUACAAGUUUCGUCCGACCGAUGAGCAUAUUCAACGACCCAGCACGUACAAUAAAAGAUGUUGAACUGGAUCUUCAAGAAACUGAGGCUAAGCUUGGCUCAGUCAGUAGACGAACUUUUCGCUUACAGGCCGUACUAACCAAGUCGAUGAGAGGAACAUGUGAUUUAAAUUCAGAAAUAGAUGUACUUAAGGCUGAGCACAUCUCCCUCAAAAGAUCUAUGCAAACGCUAUCCGCCGCUAGCUGUCUGCUUUUACAGCUCCGGGUAUUCAGUGUCGAAAACAAACUACAUUCAUAUUUAGGCGAGACUUUUGAUUUCCUCAUCUUUAAACUUACUGAAAAUAUCGACAAGUUAACUUCCAGAGGCUGGAGUCUUUGGAUUAUGCACCUAGAGUUAUGCGAACGUUGGAAGUAUAUAUUUAAAAAUCGAAGUUCUUUUGAAAUUGAACUAAAUGGUCCAUCUUUACCAAUGCAACAUUCGCCGUCGUUUGUGUCAACUAACCAAACUACAAAUAAUCUGUUUUUGCCCAUAUCAUCCAUUUCACGUUCACAUUCAGGUAGUUCGUUCACUUCAACACCGUCCACUAAUAUCUGCCAUCCUGUUUCAUAUUCUAAAUUCAAUUCUAACUUACGGAUAACCCCUACAGAACAUUGCCAGCUAAAUGUUGAAGUGAACAAUCAAAUAGACGAUUCACCCUCCAGUACAUAUUCACUGUGUUGUUCAGAAUCAGGAUUUUCAAGUGAUGCUGACCACUUUCUAACUUGUCAAGCAACAGAUCAAUUCGAUUUAUCUAAUCCUAAUUUUGUGAUUUCAAAUUUAUUUAAUACGAAGUUCCAAAAUGCAAAAUCCUUUUCAUCCGUAAACGAUUAUAUUCGUUCUCAAUCCUCAAGCUGUCUAUGGACUUCCAGUACAGGUUCAAACGAUUCGGAAGCAAUCAGUGAUCCACCUUCUGGCUUAUUCCAUGGAAUCUAUAAUCGCACACCAACUAAAUUGGUCAGUUCUUCAGUGGAGUGUAACGGGAAGAGUGGCCAAAAUGAUAAAGGCAAGACUAAUGAAUAUAAAUACCCUGCAAAACAAUCCAAAUGUACAUCUGAUAUUUGUUUUAGAAGUACAAGUUCCUUAGAAGAUUCUGGCUGCAAUAACUCGAACAUACGUUCAGCAAAUUAUCAUAAUUUAGGUUCUCCCUAUUCACGUUUCCGUUCCAGUGAUUCCGGAUUAAAACCCGGAUGCUCUUAUGGAAAUCGAAUUCAACGUCGUACUACUUGGAGUUUAGACGAUAUAUCCAAAAUGCCUAUUGCUAUCUUCUCAUUUAAGGAUUAUAAACAUCAAUUCAUAACAACGUCUGGUUAUCCUUUAACUAGUCCUGAACAAUACAAUGAUAGAAAGUUACGGAGAAAUUCCUUUACAUCUGUAUUGCCUCAUGUACAUGACCAUUCCAAUCUAAAUACUAUUAAUCUACGGGAAACAAGAAAUCAUCGUUUGGAUGAUAAUAUCUUCUCAGAAUUAUUGCCAACCAUAGAAUGCGAGUCAAAUUCAUUUAGUUCCAAUCCUGAAAAAUCCUCCAAUACUUCAUCGAUAAUAAUUGCUGCGAAUAAUUUAAACAAUAAUCAUAUUAACAAUGGUGAAGACGAUGCUGAAGAUCUUGAAACGUCGAAGAAGUUUAGUUGUAUUCAUGAGGAUAAUGGUCUGAUGUAUGGUAUUGAUGCUGAUUUAGCUGAAAAGUCGUUCAACAUCCAUAGAGAUAAUGAUAAUACUGAUCUACUGGAAUGGGAUAAUUCGGAUGAUUUACGAUUGACCGAUGUGCCCAAUAGUUCGUUGGUAAAUGAAGCUGAUAUUCUCCCUCUUUUAACAUCAAUACGUUGGGAUGCACUUCCACUUAUUACACUAUUAUCACGCUUAGAAGAGAAAUCUGUGACUGGAUUGUUGGAUUUGGAUUUGAAAGUUAAUGAAAAUCUAUGCUCAGAAAGAUUGGAAGAUGAACGUCGACAACUGGAUAUUGAUAAAAGUUAUCUCACGCAUUAUGGUAAACUUCUUUCUCAGUGGACCAAUACUAUGGACAAGUUAUUGGAUUCCUUUCCAUCGGACCAAACAGACUAUAAAACACAAUUGCGAACUCCAUUGUCGAUUGCCUUAACUACAUUUUAUGACUGGUUAUCAUCUCUUAAGGCAAGACAUAGUAUGGCAUUUUGGGUUGUAAAUUGGCGUUCAUCUAUGUUUGAUCACUUGAUAGGAGAAAGCCAUGACGCAAAUAUAUCGUUGUUGGGCAUGAAACAACGUGUUCAGACAGCUAUUUACAGAGCUCAGGAAAUAUUGAAACCACUUCCACAGUCUUACGAUGAGUUUACAUCAUCUACUACUGGUGAUACUGAUCGCUGUUUGAAUGAGGUACAGUCUGAUCUUGGUGUAAUUUCAACGCCGUCACCCAACGAGUUUCUAGACACCUUAGAUGAACUACGUAAUUUAAGCGAAAACCUGUGGAACAUCCAAUCACGUUUGGGUUCGUGUUACUUAUUCAAUGACUUCUGGAAAUUUUCCCGUGAAUCAAACAUUCUUGUAGAACAUAAUAAACAGGAUACCUUUGAUUAUUAUAGUAAGGAGUUGGAUGCCAAUGUAUUAAAAUGCGCUAUUACCGACUCAAUCAAUUUUUCUUGUCAACUUCGUAAGCAAAUUGUCAAUGUGAUGCGUGAUUUAGAAUGUGGAAUGGUUACGAAAUCCAAUGCAGUUAUGAUCAAAACAAAUCGUUUAUCGAUUUGUCAUGAAAAACAACGUUUAGUUGAUACACUUAAUCCUUUUAUUGUAGAAGAAGACAAGGAGGUAGUCGACAAUACGAUUUCAUUAGAUAACUCGAUACCUAUAGACAAUAUUUGUGUUGAUGUUGCAGUUAAUCAUGUACAUUCACGUUCUUCUCUUGGUUCAGUGUAUUUCACACAAUGUUCUCAAACUGAUUUGCAUAAUUUACCCGAUUUUAUGACUGGUAUCGAUAGACGGCCAUUCAGAAGAUAUUUCCUAG